UAAUCGAUACAUCUCGAGCGUGCAGUGUUCGUCCAUGGAUUUCUUUGACUAUUUGCAGAAGCAGAGGAUGGCUCUGGCCCGCACCGUCCUCGGCGACAACGGCGCCGACCAGUUCGAUGACGGCCAAUCCGGCGAGCGGCGAACGGCUGCAGAAGAUUGUGGAGCACGGAGGCGAGGGGCUGCGCGGGGCGUGGCGGCUGGCGACGGUGACGAAGCUGGUGGUGUCAGUUCCCUUCCAGUGCACACAACAUGUUUGUUGUAAUGUGUGUGUGAAAGGGGAAGAGAGGAGAAGUUAGAAGACUCCACACGUGGUGAUUUUUUUGGUCAACUCCUAAAAAAUGGACCCCACCUGUCAGAGACGCGAUCAAAUGCGGCAAAGCAAGCUAUCAGUUCUUGCAAGAAGUUUAUCAGAAAUGCAGUGGCUUUUGCAAAAAAUUAGGAACCGGGUAAUUUUCAGUAAACCUAGCUACACAUAUGAUGGUUUUUUGCAAUUAACUCGGCGGCACAGAGACCACAAGAACAAUAUCGAAGUGAUUGUGUGUGGGGCCCAUGAACACUGCAAGUAAUCGGAUGUGCACACACACACGGUGCUUUCAGACAAUGCGGCAUGAUGGAAAAUAAUUGAGCUUCAACCAGAAGCACAAUAAUAAUAGCAUUGACUUGACUUGCGGGCUCUCUGGCUGGUUCUUGAUGGCUUCAACAAGACUAGCGUUCCCCACUCAGUCAUGACACAAUUUUGAUGAAUUCAGAUUCUGAAGGGCACAAGAAGGUCACCGCAGGUCAUACCUGGCCGGAUCUACAUCGUUUAAGCCAGGUGGGUGGUUGUCUCUGGUUUUGAUGGGUAAAAGGAACGAGGAUACCUCAAGUUGAAGAUCAAAUCCAGUUGUUUGUCAUCAACAGUAGGCUAGUAGACCCGGUUAUACCCAUAACCCAUGAGUCCAUAAAAGUUUAGGAUCUCCACGAUUAAGUUUCAAUGACAACAAGACCAGCCAAGCCAUGAGGCUCAGAAUUUCGAGAAUCCAUGAGACUGUUGUGAUUGUGUCAGCUUCAGGAACGAACAAGGAUGUCACCGAGAUCAAUCAGAUGCCAACUUCUUCAUUUGUUACGCCAGUGGCCAUUCCAAUGAUAUUGAGGAAAAUAUACAACUAGGCUACUAUCCAACAGACAUAUAUUAGUAAUUCUCAGAAAAUAAUGGCGGAGAUUGUGAUCCUUCUAACCAUUAAAAAGAUCGGAAAUGCCUUGGCAAAUGGAGCGGCAGCCCAGGUGAGCAUGCAGUUUGCGAAGUACGGGACGCAAAAGUUAGAGCUACAGGGCAGCAUGGGUCGUGUUGCAAGGGAGCUUCGCGUCAUGCAUGAUGUUGUCUGUCAAAUGGACAUUCGAAACAGCAGCAAUCAAGUAUAUGAGGGCUGGUUGGAGGAAGUACGGAAGGUAGCACAUGUGAUGGAAGACAUAGCGGAUGAGUACUUGUAUCUAAUUGAUCAGGAACAUGAUAUAGGGUGUUGCUUUUACCUGAAGCAAGGUUUCAGAAAACCAAGAUCUCUGCUUUGUUUGAACCGGAUAGCUUUCAGGGCAAAGGAAAUAGAGAAAGACCUCACACACCUGUCAGAGAUAAAAAAACGUUGGGUCCCCAUGAUACAGAAUGGGGAUACUAGUAGCUCGAAUUACAUUGUCAAGAGGUCCCAAGAUCUAGCAAAUAUUUCACGUUCCCUUGAUGAAGAAGACUUAGUGGGGGUGGAUAAAAACAGAGAGAUACUUGGGCAGUGGUUGGCAGGUGCUGAUUUGGAGUGCUCCGUGAUAGCACUGCUUGGAAUGGGAGGACUUGGUAAAACAACUUUAGCUGCAAAUAUCUACAGGAAGGAGAGAGAGCAAUUCCAGUGCCACGCGUGGGUCUCCAUUUCUCAAACUUAUUCUAGAGAAGAUGUCCUGAGGAAUACAAUCAAGGAACUUUUCAAAGAUAAUGUCAGUGCUCUGUCUAACACUGCAGCGAUGGACAUCACAUGCCUUGAAGAGACACUAAAGAGAUUCCUGGAGCAAAAAAAGUAUUUGAUCAUAUUGGAUGAUGUUUGGACUCCACAAGCAUUUGAUGAUUUGUCUAGAGUGCUUAUUCAUAAUGACAAGGGCAGCAGAUUGAUAAUUACAACAAGGGAAGGAGAUGUUGCUGCAUUUGCCUCUCCAGGACGCAUCUUAAAGCUAGAGGCUUUACCAGAAGACAAGGCAUGUGAUCUCUUUCAUAAGAAAGCCUUUCCAACAGAUAAAAAUCAUGAAUGUCCUGUACACUUGAAGUCUUUGUCCUUCGAAAUAGUUAGCAAGUGCAAAGGUUUGCCUCUCAUUAUUGUGUCAGUUGGUAGCCUCUUGCGUGUGCGUGAGAAAACUGUGGAAGAAUGGAGAAGAAUAAAUGACCAGCUGAGUUGGGAGAUAAUAAAUAACUUAAGGCUUGAUCACAUAAGGAAUAUUUUGCAUCUCAGCUUCAUUUACCUUCCAACACACUUGAAAAGUUGUUUCCUAUACUGCAGCUUAUUUCCAGAAGACUAUCUUUUCAAAAGGAAACAACUUGUACGGUUAUGGACAGCAGAGGGAUUCAUUGAGGAGAAGGGUGAAAGCACAUUAGAAGAAGUGGCAGAAGGCUAUCUGAAAGAGUUAAUUGAUAGAAACAUGCUACAACUUGUUAAAAGGAACUCAUUUGGUAGGACGAAGAAACUCAGAAUGCAUGAUAUCUUACGAGAACUGGCUGUUGAUUUGUGUCAGAAGGAUUGUUUUGGUGUUACAUAUGAGGAUAAAUGUGGGGGUUCUCUUGAGAUGGAUGGGCGUCGAUUGGUAAUGCACAAACUAAAGAAGGAUAUUCAGCAAUCGUUUUCUAGUAUACGCCAACUUCGAACUGUCAUUGUAGCGGAUGGUAACAAGCCAUUAUUCACUCUACUACCUCUGUUAUGUAAGAAGUCAAGAUAUAUGACAGUGCUAGAAUUAAGUGGCUUACCCAUUGAGAAGAUUCCUGAUGCUAUUGGGGAUCUUUUUAGUCUCCGCCAUUUAGGUUUGCGUAAUUCGAAAGUAAAGAUGCUCCCUAGGUCUAUUGAAAAGCUUUCAAACUUGUUGACACUGGACCUUUAUAGAUCAGAUAUACAUUAUUUGCCUAGUGGGGUUGUCAAAUUGAAGAAGCUUAGGCACUUAUUUGCCGAGAAGAUGAAUUAUCUAGAUUGGAGGGAUAUUCAUUGUCACAGUGGUAUGACUAUCCCCAUUGGUCUUGGGAAUCUAACAAACCUGCAAACGCUACGAACAUUGGAAGUACAGGGUGAAUCAGUUAGACAUUUAGGGGAGCUGAGGCAACUUCGAAGCUUGAGGUUAUCAAAUGUAAAGGGAAUCUACUGUGGACGCAUCCGUGAGUCUCUAGUUCAGAUGCAGUAUUUGUCCAAGCUAUCUGUGAAUGCAAGUGAUGAGAAGGAGGUUCUCUUGUUGAACGUCCUCCCGCCAAAUCUGCAAACGCUGUCUUUGAGAGGACGAUUAGAGCAAGGAGCGUUGGAUGAGUCUCCUCUCUUCCAAGAUGUUGGUGGACAGAACUUGUCUUCAUUGGCUCUGUCUUGGUCACAGCUGAGAAAAGACCCCUUGCCAUCGCUUUCUUUGUUGCCGAACUUGACGCUUCUACACUUCACCAGAGCGUACAACGGAGAGCAGCUGACAUUUCUCACGGGGUGGUUUUCCAAGCUGAAGAUUCUCUUUCUAAGAGAUCUGCCUAAUCUGAACCGGCUAGAGAUACAGCAAGGUGCCAUGGCGAGCCUGGAAAGAUUAUCCCUUGUCAACCUCAACAGCAUGACGGAGGUCCCAUCUGGCAUUGAGUUCCUCGUGUCCCUCCAGUAUCUAGUCUUCCACGAAAUCACCGGUGACUUCUUGACAUUGCUGCGCCAAUGCUCUGCGAUUCGAGGGAAGAAGUGGCAUCAUACUCUCCGACUUUGACCUGCCGCACUGGUCGGGAAAUGUGUAGAUACAUCACCGGGCCCGAAUGAAGAUGCUUUAUAAUUUGGGCCGCACACAGAUAAGGCGUCAAUGAAUCUCAAGAUGAGUAUAUCCAUCAUCUCCGCACUCCUGAUGUACUACUGAUACUACUGCCUGAUGGGCACACUGUUUGCUAGUACUACUGCCUGUGUUUACUAGUGCUACUACAACUGUUCGUGACUUGCGUGUGAUUGCUUAUGAGGUUGUGGUAAUAUCGAUUUGGAUUGUGCCUUGGCUCUUAAGUAACAUGACACUUACUGUAAGACCGCAGAGUGAGUUGUGUUUUCACAUUCACACUGAUUUUUGCAGUACAUGAUUCAAUUCAAUUGCAUACUUCCAUUUGAUAUGA